GAGAAGACCUCUUGGAGGACAUGCUGAAGCUCGACUCCCUUGCAGGCCUCUACCAGGCAGACAGAGAGGUGCGAAAGCUCGCGCUGUCGCAGCUCGAUGACUUGGUCGACCAGGUGGACACUGCCAAGGCGCAGCUGCUGAAGAGGCGGAAGGAGCUGGAGGCCAUGGUCGAGGUUGCAGCCGAUGCAAAUCCCGUGCAGCUCGAGAAGGAGGUUACCCCGCCGGAGUCGCCGGCCGCUGAAAGCAGGGAACCGGAAGCAAGCAGGUCGUACACCGAAUCCCCUCGACUGGAAGACGUCAGGUGCCGGCUUCGGCUGCAGUCCCAAGAGCGACCUCAGGGCUAUGUGGUCUCGGCAAAUGCACGCGGAGUCAGCGCAGAGGACAUAGAUCUACAGCUCGACGGCGAUUUGCUUCGCAUCAUGGGCUUUGCCCGGCCAACACUCCAGGAUGCCGCAUUCCUCAGGAGCAGGCUGCGCCGGGAGCCCUGUGUCGAGGACUACGCCGCCUUCGGUUUCGGCCGAUUCCAGGAAGCCAUUCGAGUCCCGGCCGACGUCGACGUAAACAAGAUCCAGGCCUCGUGCCACGAUGGCCAGCUCCAGCUGAUUUUGCCGCGCAGGCCGCGGCAGUUCCCACAGAGCUACCACUCUUUGCGGUCGAGGCCACCAAUGUUCCCAGUUUGGUGA